UAAAGAGUGCCCUACCGAGUGAUGUUGAAAUAUAAUUAGCUGGCACUGUUUUGAUGAGCAGUUUCCUCUGUUUUCUGAACUCAAGAAAAAGUAGCUUGUUGCCCUUAACAGCGUUAUAUAAUAUAACAUCGAGAAAGCAAGUGAACUAUGACUGAGCGAAGAAAGCACCGUGACUUGUCACAUAUGGCCGGUUCAGAGGACACUGAAAGAACCCGAAUGUCCAAACUUUCUCAAGCUAAAUCGAAAACUAACAGGCUGAGCAGAAGCCUGAGACAGACACAGCAGUCACCCUCUUCCGAUUCGUCCUAUCAUUUCCAUAAAGAACUGAAGACGCCCACACGACACACAAGGAUCAGACUCAAUGCUUCGAAUAAUGAAGAUUCUCCGAGUAACGAUUCCGAGUCUCAGAUGGAUAUUAUCUGGGACCCAGCCUCACCCACUCCUGUCUGGAAUGGAAAAGGAGAGAAGAAGUCGUCUGCAAAUGCGAGAGCUGUGGACAUUUCAGAAAUUGUCAACCGGAUAGCUCCCAAGAAUGACAGGCCAGUAGUUCCUGAAUGUUCCUUGCUCCAGUGGAUUGGAGACAGUGCUCUCCCAUGUACCCCAGAGGUGCGGCAGCCCAGGACCAGGAAGAAGUCCAUGCGGCAACAUAAUGUUGACGAUCUUAUGAAGCUGGCAAAGCAGUUUGAUUUCAACAUGUUCCAGCAACAAAAAGAACAUAAUGAACUUCAUAGCGCAAGCACAGGAGCAUCGCUCAGAAAGACUAAGAGUGGUAAACAAGAGUCCACAGACCAUAAAUCUGCAGACUGUGAGAUGGUAGAUGAUUUUGAGGCUCUCUUUGAUGGACCAACUCAGCAUAUCAGCGGAAGGCUGAGUCAGACCCCAUCCAGCCAUUCCCAGGAAGGAACAGCAGCCUCCAGUACAAUGUCCUCUAAAAGUGCAUGUGUUGGAUAUGGACCUCGCUUAGGUACUAGUAACCCUCCCACUGUCUCCUCUGCACUUUCACACAAGCCAGAUGGGCUGUCAAAAGGUACAGCAGCAAACUGUGCCCUGGAUGAUGACUGGGACAAUGAUGAUCUCCUCAACGACUCCAUUGUUUUUGAGAUGACUCAAAACCCUGACCUGUUUGCUGCCCCUAAAAUGUCUUCUACCCAGAUUGGACUGAGCCAAAAGAGCAAUGACGUUAUCAAAAAGACCAGUUCCUCUGUCAUCACUGUAAAUGCUGCUGCUGGCCAAGAUGAGCAGGUUAGCAGCAGCAAGGGCAUCAACGGGGUGUUUCAAGGGAAGAAUAGCAAGUCCAAAAACAGAAGUACUUUCAAGCUGGAUGCAAAUCCUAAUUUCCACAUAAAGGAGACCCUUUCUGGAGAGGAACCCAACAGGUGCCACAGUUCAGAAAGUGGUAAGCCUGCGCAGCACGGAGGUCUAAAGGGCAGACAGCCUAGUGUCUGUCAGCCUGAGGGGGCUGUGGUUGAGGUGUCUGGCCAUCAGAAUAAUCAGAAAACCCAACCCGUCCCUAGCAGCAAAAGGGAAAGCAGGGUGCGGCAGCCUGUCGGUCAUCAAGGUUCCUCGACCCUGAGCACCUCCUGCAGCGCCAGGCCUGUCCCAGCCUCUGUGAGCCACAGCACCAAGAGCACAGAAAGCAGGUGUGAGAAGGAAGAGCAGACCAGCGCUGCCACGGCCCGCUCCAGUGAAGCCGUUGUCUCAGAGGAGGACCUGGACUCUAUAUUCGCCUCUGAUUCGCUGUGGGAUGAUGGUGACGAUGACGACCUGCUGUGUCAGGUCUGUGAUGACGUAGAAAAGUUCUCUCAGAGCCAAGCACAAAGCACAGGUUCUGCGAACAUGGUGUCAGCUACUGUGGAACCAGACACGCUGAAAACAAAUCCGCUUCCAGCUACUGUCAAAGGGGUGGCUCCUCAAAGCAGUUAUUCAGCACCAGAGAGCAGUAAGCAAGGACAAAUGGCCGGGUGCAUGCAGCUUAAGCCCCAGUGCGCUUUCAGCCGUUCCAAUUCAGUGCCUGGCAAUAGCAUUGCUUUUACAAAAGGUGUGUCUCAGGUUUACAGUGGUGUCAAACCCACAGGUGGAGUGCCUGGGUCUGUUGCCCAGAAUCAUAAAGUUUUGGCCACAAACGGUGCUCCAAACUCUGCAUUCCUGCCACAGGAAUCUUCAAGUAACUGGAAGGGCCCGUACAAGUUUACACAGCUGAAGAAAUCAUCACUGAUAGAAGGUGCAUCCCACGGAGCAUCUACUGGACUGCAGUAUGCUGCAAAAAGUACGGCAGUGCCACCCACUUCAUCAUCAAAAGGCCCUGGGACCUCUCAGCAGCACUCCUUCAAAAGGCACCUGUCUGACCCUGUAGCUCUGACCAACAAAGUUUUUGUCACCAACCAAGUAGCUGGGAAAUGCUCUGAGGAGGAGAUUGAGAGGAAAAAGCAGGAGGCGCUUGCUAGGAGACGACUUAGAAUGCAGAUGGCCCAGAAACAUGGGGGUCCCACCUGAAAGAGCUUCAGGAAGGUCCCCUUUGCUCACCCUAAUAUACCCCAAGUCAUUUUCGGGAACUCACAGAAUUUCAAGAGGGCGGUGUUCUGUUACUGCUCUGAACGCUGCGUCCUUCCCUGACCCCACAGAAACACGCAACACCUUUGUGAUGUGAGCUCAGAGCCACACGGUUCCCUGCUGUGGUUUUAAGCUGCUUCAUGACUUCAAGUGACAUAAUUCAAA